AUGGGUAAUAAGAAUAGUAGCGUCGACAGGUCUGAUGUGGAUGACAGAGGCAUCUACUCCGAGUUCAUGUACCGCUACGAAACCGCAAAGAAGCUGAAGCUGUCGUACGUGAUGCUCAAGAAGAACGUUUUGACCGCUGUCAUGGUGAUGGAGGUCACCCCGAAGCACCUCCACGACGUUGGCACCGGCUACUCAAACGUGUGCGCCUGCCUGAAACACGGCGGCUCCGGGGGCACGAACUCGCGCAUCCAGGGCCGGGCCGAGGACCGCGAGCAGGCCUCUAUGAGCCGCUCCCGGAUUGACCGCGAGCUUGCUGAGGAGUCCUUCCAGGGUUUUCAGACCUUCUGUGAGGCUAUGGACGAUAUCAAGGCCGGUGCGUGCGUCAAGUGCCGCACCACCAUUCACGAAAGGAUCACGGUCGAGCUGGACAGGAUGGUGUUAGCGGUAGAGCGCGUUCUUAAGCAGGGGCGAAAGACGAUGCGUAGCAUGGACCGUUUUACCAAAGUCGCGAAGUAUGUCUCGCGGCGGGAAAGGGCGGCUGUGAGCAAGGGCACGGACCUCUCGUCGAGCAAGAGCUACGCGAAGGACGUCAAAAGACGCAACACCAAGGAAAGCUUGUACAAGACAGAGCUCGAGGCCUUUGAUCAGCUGUACGAGAACGUCAUGGCUGGGUCGCAGGACUUCUGCACCUCGACGACGGACAUCUUCCUUGACUCCAUCGUCGGCUACUACCGCGAGAUAGUGGCGACGAUCGACUUCUCAGAAACCCCGCAGUGCAGCCGCUUGCGAAGCUGCUUUCGUAGCUGUGAGCGAGAGAUGGUGACGCACCAGGCUUCGGGUGCGAUGUUUUCUGAGAUGCCGGCUGAGCACAAGGAUUUUUGCAAGUCUUCGCCCCUUACUGUGCCGCUGUAG